ACUGGUGUGAUCUGAAUUUCGUAGAAGAAAGAUGGUCUCCGUUGAUAAUUUAGCAUCUAAACUGGUUACAAUCAUUUCUACCGAAGAUAAUACCGAGAAAUUCAACGAGUGGAGAUUAUUAGGUCAAGAACGAAAUGAAUCCUUUCUGUUUAGUUGGGUACAAACAGAUUGUGAGGCAAAUGCUCGAACUGGUAUAGGUGAAUAUAAUUACGAAGAAAACACAUUUACACCCCUUUAUCUAUUUAAACGUAAGGUUGAUUGUGUACAAGCUUCUCUAAAUAAUACCAAAACAAUUGUGAUAUUCGUUAUAAAAGAAAAAAAUGAAAAUAAUGACGAACUUAUUUAUAAAUGUUUUUUACAUAAAAUAGGAGAACCUUUAGAAAGUACGCUAGAAAUUGAUGAAGGAAGUAAAAAACAAACUUUUGUACAAUUUUUAGAUUUCAAAAUUUCAACACAACCGCUAAAGUUUUUACUUUUAAUACACCAAGAAGGAAUUUUUCAAUAUCAUAUCAAAUGUCCCCACGAAAAAAUAGACAAAUUAUCGUUAGCGAGCGAGUUAUUAGUCAAGAAUUUCUUCUGGGCCCAAUGGAAUCCGAACCAACAAACUUUAUAUUAUAUUCACAACAAAGUUCGGACUCGUGGUCUUGUGGCUGGAGAAGAAAUGAGUCACGAUACUGGAGCUAAACUGUCACCCACACUUUCAGGUUUACAGUUUCAUGAUGAUCAACCGCACGAAUCUGUCUUGAAUAUUCCUCUAAAUCUACCGCACUUAUCUUCAGUUAAUUCAUCUGGAACAUACGAAGAUGACAUAAUACCACUAAGGAUUCACGAUUCAUCGUUGGAUUUAAUUGUUCUAACAGAUUCUAAAGGAUGCAUUUGCAUAUGCCACCAUUAUUUGUACCAGCCGGUACAACCUAUUGUUGAACUUAAGGACAACGAUGACGAUACCACCCCGGUGAAUGUGGCGUAUACGGUUACGGCAUUACACCAGAGCUGCGUUAUUCAUUGUAUAAUUAACGAUAUUCCUUGGAAUUUGGCCAAGCAAAUUAGACCAUUGUUCAAAUUAAGAGGUGAUACCCUAGUCGUAUUCAUACCCAAAAUAUGCACUCACAUAUUGGACGUGGGACUUAAUCACGAUCCGAUUUGUCACAUAACCACGGAUCCACUCAUACAAGAUAAAGAACCAAAUUUACUCUAUCUAGCUCCGAUGAUAUCCGCCGAUGAUUACGUCAUCAAUUUGGCGAAUUUAGACGUAAUCGAUGUGGGCAUUUUGGAUACUUUACUCAUAAAUACAUUUAAAUCUGAAACUAGCUCGGAAAAUAAAUUAGCAAUCAUUCACUAUUUGUUGCUACAUUUAGGAGAUACAGAAACUGUUUCAGAGCUUAUUCUUUGGCAUUCAUCUUACCCCUUCACCAUGGUUUAUCCCGAAAUCCUUAAAGAAUUCUUAUUAGCAACUUCAUACACAUCCGUACAAAAGAAUAUACCAGAAAACGCUGUAAAACUAGCAACACUUCUUCCGAUAACCACCGUAAAAUUAGGAUUCGAUUUAGAAUUGAAACACAAUGGUUUUACGAUUAAUUUGCGUCAAGAAGUAUUUUGGAAUGCUUCGAUGAUGGUAUUAUCUCCUCAGUUGCGAAUCAUUCCUUACAAAAGUGACAUAUGGACAAAAUUGUGGGAUCAUCUUGCUAAAUUAUCCAAAGCUGGAAUUAGAUUCAAACCUAGUCAAGUAUUGGAUAAAUUGAGGAUAUCUUUGGAUUGUUAUCAACCAGAGGCUUUGUCCAGAUGUUCCACACCUUUAACACCUAGCACUGGGACCUCUUCUUCGUUUGCAGAUUUUUUAAGUUGCUCGAGAAAUCAAACAGACUUUUUACCAUUUCAUGAAAUUGACAGUUGUACUGCAAGUAGACAGGAAUACAUUAUAUCUGUGAAUCUGAGAGAAUUGAGUAUGCAUUUAUUAAAACAAACAUCACAUGGUGCUACGGUGUUUCAAACAAGCGACCAAUCCGCUAUGCACGUGCAUGCAGUUGCAACAAGAUACGUGGGAGCUCAAUUGGAACAAUCAAGACAGUUGUGCCAAAUCAUUUGCAAAGCCGCUACAUACGAUCCCACAGAAGAUAUCGACAAAGGGUUUAUUUUAAUAAACAACCUGAAUGAAGAACGUCGUUAUGUGCUUUUCAAGUUAUUAGAAAAAUAUUACAUGGCCGUUGAAUCUUUGGCGUUUCCUUUACCUCAAGGUUUCACAUCAUUUUUCGCAUAUUUAGGUUACAGAACUAUGGAUUUCGAAAUGUUUGAACAAUACGUAACAAACAGAGUGUUUGAACUACAAGUAGACGUCAUGAAAAUAAUAUUCGCAGAAAAUAACGAUAGUAAAGAAGAUACUGCAAAAAAAUUGAAAUUACUCACACUUGUACCGAGACAGAGAGCUAAAAGAUUGCUUAAUCAAUGGAAUAAUCCCAUUGGUGUAGUUUUAAGAGCAAGAGAACACGCUCAGAAUAUUUUAUCGGGAGUUACAGGACAACCAACGAGAAGUAGGACACAAAAUACCACAAACGUUACAGGUUUAGGAUCAAUUAGCUCAGGAAACAAUAUGUCACCUUUAGAUACAUUUCUCGAUUUGUUAACUGCCAAAGCUAGUUUGGCAGAUAUCGAUUUUAGUCUGCUAAUAGAAGCUACGGAAACUAUACUCGAAGAACAAAUUCCGGAUUUUUAAAUGUUUACUAUUAUACAUUAAUUCGAUGGUGAUAAAUUAUAAAUAAAUUUAUUUAUUAUAA